AUGACAGUGGCGAGAAUCAUCAUGGUACAAGUCCUCAUGCUGAGUGCCAUGGUAGACUGUCAAGACCGACAAAAAUCCUUGUUAUUGUUGGGGUUUGUGGAUCUUGAAGGCUGUAGUGCCAUUGCCUGUAAGAUCCAGAAGGUGCUGGCAGAAGGAACACUUCUCACUGAAGACAGCAAACUGCCUUUCAGACGGUACAAAGCUUACCACCUACACGCCAUGUUGGUACAAGCAAGAGGUUGUACGAUUCUUGUGAAGAACACUAUCCCCAGCAAGAAAAUCCCAAGACCCUCCUCGUGUGGAGAAGGAGUGGAGGUACUGGCGGUGUCUGUACAACUUCGAGAGACACACUUACAAAUCUACAACAUCUAUAGCAGUCCAGACUGUGCAACACUAGAUGCAAGCGAAGUCCUCUCUCUCUGUGCCACCUCUCCCACCUUCCUAGGUGGGGACUUCAAUGCACACCAUGAAGCAAUAGGAUCCACCAAACCAAGAAACCAAAACGGACAUCACAUUGCCAAAGUAAUGACAAACGUUCCUGAAGCAGCACUAUGGAACACAAGAAAAGCAGACUGGCCGCUCUUCAGGGAAUCAAUAACAAGUCAACUCAGGGAAACACCUCGACUAAAUGACCUCAACGAACAAGAUGCCAGACGCACAGCAGCUUUCCACACUGCAGCCAACCAAGCCAUUCCACUAACAAAAAUGCCCAAAAAGCACUACAAAGACUGGUGGUACCACAAUAAAAAUGUACAGGAGUACAAACAUAUGAUUAACCAAGCAAAGAAGCUACACCGACGCCACAACACAGACACUACAUGUGCCCUCCUCAAAGCCGCCACCAGAACUGAAAGAGAGGGUACAAAGAACCCAGCCCAGCAGGCAAUACACCCAGAACCAACCACAGAGGCCAACAGAUUAAUCAAUGAGUUUGCUGAUCGUUGCGAUACAGCUCAACUACCACCAGAGACACAGAGGAAACAAGGUGAGCUCAGACCAAACAGAACAAGAAUGACAAACAAUGUAUGUACCACAGCAGCAUCAACCGAUAUACCCUUCACCAAAAAAGAACUGAAAGAUGCUCUAAAACCACGAAAAGAUACAGCAACAGGCGCCGACAAAAUCAGCUAUUCAAUGAUAAGGGAAGCAGGAGAGGAAGCACAAGAAGAACUACUUCACAUCAUCAACCAGUCAUACACCACUGGCAAGCUUCCGCAGUCAUGGAAGCAAGCAAUCAUUGCACCAAUACCCAAGCCACGAGAGCAAAACAAAUACUGGCCAAUAUCACUUUUAUGCUGCAUGGGAGAGACAGCAGAGAAAAUGGUCCUUGCAAGAUUACAAUGGCAAAUAGGCAAGCUACAUCCCAACAUCUAUGCCUACACCAACCAAAAGGGCACGAGAGACUGCAUCACCAAUAUGCUCACAACAAUAAAAAGUAGGAAGGCUAUAGUCAUAUUCAUGGACCUGGAGAAAGCCUUUGAAAUGGCAAACGGGGAUGCUAUUCUCAAAACUCUGACAAGGAAAGGCGUGUCAGGAAAGCUCCUAGCGUGGACUCGUGACUUCCUAACACAUAGACAAGCAAGAGUGUCCUUUCAAGAGAAGCUGUCAAACGCUAGAACAUUUGAGAAUGGCACACCCCAGAGCCCAUUUCUUUUCAAUAUCCUGAUGGAGAACUUGGUCACCAUGCAGUUGGGGCAAGGAAUAAAGAUAUUAUGCUAUGCAGAUGAUGAAGCUAUUAUCUCCACCGGGGCAAACAUGGCACAGAAAGCUCAAAGGACUCCCACGAUGAUAGCUAACAAAUGCUGA